UUAGUUGCUUAAAUCAACGUUAUGAUAAUUGCAUGUGUUUGAUUUAUUUGUUCGAUAAUAAAUAUAACUGUAAAAUAGUGAACAAUUAAUUUACAGAAAUUUAAUUAAUUAGUAAUAACUGCAUAAAACAUAUUAAUUUAGUUUUAGAAAAUUGUGAAAAAUCAUUGCCAUUAAAUUCGCGUUUUCAAAAGCUUUAUUCCAUUAUCCUCGUGAAAUAUUUUCUCUCCCUCUCCCGUAGCGAGUGUGGUGCGUGUCCUUAUACAUAUUAGUCACUCUCUGACAUUGUAUGUAGUUUUGUGUUUCGCGAUUCGUUAAGUGGCAUAAUUCCAUAACUAAAAAUCCCUGCUCGAAAUGCAACUAGAUAGAAGAACAUCAAGAUUAUACCAAUUAAAGAACGUUUUUCUAAUGGGUUAUAUUUGGUAUAUCCAUAGGAAUUGCAAGAACUGCGAAAUGCAAAAAUGUAAUGAAUUUAAAAAGGAAUAAAUCAACAAUAUUUGGCUUGGGUGAAAGUAACACUUGCUUCUUUUUUAGUAUUAUCAAAAUCUGGAUUUGUUACAAACAUGAACAGUAAUCAAGUAACUAUUAUUGAAGACAUGAGAAAUGAUAUUUUUCAACCAAUAUCUGCCCACUAACAAACCUCUUUUGGCACACUGAAUUCUUACAAUAUCGAUCCAAUUCAAAUAUAAUUUUUACGGUGUAUUAAUCUGAAUAUGCACCCCAAAAGAAAUAAGGCGCACAUUUCCCAAUCCCUAAUUGUUUAUAAAAUUAUAAAAGUGUGUAUAGUAUAUAUGAACGUAGAAAUCGGGGUUUUAUGAACAAGCAAUUAAUCGUUUUGCUUGACAGAAUGAGUUAAAUGAAAGUACAUACAAUUUUUCUAAAUGCUGACCAGCUGUUUAGCCAUUGCUUCAAGCACGAACACCUCGAAGAUAGCUGCAAAUGAUGUGUUCGCCGUCAUUAAUGCUAAUCUAGAUGAUGAAAAUUUUCACACUGAAUUUACAAAUUCUUUGGAGGCAAACACAAAUACAUUUCAAAGAGUAUCGAUGACGAAGCAAUUAGCUACCAGUUCACCUACAACAAAUGGUGAUCGAAAUGCCAGUAACUUUGUUUUAGCCCCUUUGGCCCCACUAGCUAAUAAUGAUGCAUCACUGCGGGGUAAAACCGAUUCGACUGGCACUGAGGCGGAUAUUUGUAAUACUGCAAAAGUGUUGCAAAAAAAUAACAGUAAUUAUUUAACUUUAUUGCCAAAGUCACAAGCUGCAAAUAGCUUGGCCUCAAUCAAUUCAGCAAAUGAUGAAGCUUCUUUAAGAAAGACAGUGGAUGAUACUAAUGGUCGUUCAGCGGCGCUGGAACGUGCCUACGUUCAUGACGUUUAUGAGAAUUGUGAUGAACCAUCCGGCGCUAUUCGACCACGAAUAGCACAAUUUCUAAAUAAUUUAGAUCCUGGUGCCGUGGUGUGUGAUGUCGGCUGCGGUAAUGGUCGUUAUCUUGCUCAUGGAAAUCGUUCUAUUUGUACAGUUGGAGUAGAUCGUUGUUAUCGAUUGAGCAAAGUGGCACGUGAAAAAGGAGGAGAGGUUAUAAUGUGCGAUAAUUUGGAGCUACCAUUUAGAGAUAAUUCAUUUGAUGCAGUUCUUUCGUUGGCUGUUGUUCAUCAUUUUGCUACCACUGAGCGUCGAGUAAACGCUCUCCGGGAGCUGGCACGUGUUUUGCGCAUUGGUGGUCGUGUCAUUAUAACGGUAUGGGCACUUGAACAGAGACACCGUCGUUUUGAGUCACAAGAUGUUCUCAUUCCAUGGCAGCCUCCCAAAAUUCGUAAUAUGAGCUGUUCGGAUGAAGAGGAUGAUGAAAGCUUCUUACCACCUUACCAUGCUUACACGGAGGACUCAACAAACUCAAGUCGUUCCGCUGGUGAUGGCGAUAGCUCAAGUUUAUCCUCAUCAUCGCCUGGUGAAUCCUGCUACAGUUUUGUGCGACGUGCUAUUCAAAAACUUGCUGCUGGUCGCAAGCAUCCUUGGUUUUUGGACUCGUGGGCAUCGAAAGAAACCAAAAAUGAUAGUAGUCUUGACUUCGAAGAUGUUAAAGACUUACCAAUCGAACUUCGACGACUUGAAGACUUCGAAGAUUUUUACGAUCCUCCACUUUCUGCAGGAUUGAAGUCUCGUAGCCUUGGUAGCAUCCUAAAUCCACCUCCUCGCCAAAUUGUGCGUUCGCGAUCCAGUGUACCUAGCUUGGGCGGUACUCUCUUUCAUUUGGAUAUGAGUUACAAAUCUGGAAUACCUGCAUCAACCCAUUCAAUGCAAAACAGUCAACAUUUCCAUACCAAGGAUUUAAGUGUAGCACCAGUUAUUGUCACCAAAACCAAUGUAUCUCCCACAAAAUCCAUGAAUGCAGUAAUUUUGAAAAAUAUAAAUAACAGCACUCCACUAGGUCGACGCCCAAAGCUGAUAAAACAAAAACAAUCAUUUUGUGAUGAAGAAUGCCAACUGCCAGAAAAUUCUUUUCAUAUAAAAAGUACAUAUAAUAAUCAUAGUGCCAGUAAUAGUUUGUAUUUACGUAAUCGCUGCUACUUCAACGGCAAUAAUAUUAACGUUAACUCACAAACUCUAGGAAAAAUGCCUGUUAUUGAUAAUUUGCACCAUCAAUCUCCCCUUACCGCCCGCCAAAUGAUGCAAGCAAGUAUCUUUUUACGCAAACAAAGUUCAUUGAAUGAAGAACUUAUGGCCGUUAACCGAUUGCGUGAAAAAGAGGGAGUUCGGAAACGCAUUCAAAAACAGACGUCGUUAAAUGAAGCAUUUCUCUGUCAAUCAACUACGCUUUCUAAAAAAUUUCAUAUCAUCAGAGAGAACUUCACCAAGAAAGUGAAAACUUCAACAGGUAGCUUUGAGCGGGUCACAAAAACAGGAUUAAACAAAUUAGUACAGAACUUUUCGUCUUAUAUAUCACCAGGCACAAUUAAUUCCGAUCUGACGGAAAAAGUAAUCAGCGAGAGUCAAGAAAACAGUGCCGAACAGUCACAUUCAAACGUUCCAAAAUGCAAUAAAUAUCACCAUCAUCAUCAUUAUCAGUAUGCUCAACACCAGCAAUCAUUAAAUCUCCAAAAUUACCAAUGUCAAUCACGUACCUUCAUAAACACCCACGAAACAGGUUCACAGGCAUCACAUUAUCAAAAACAAUUGUCGGUCGGUAGUGUAGUCAACAAAUAUGCUGGUCCAGUCACAUAUUGCAACAAUGCAGAGUGUUCUAACUCGGGCUGUUAUUGCAGUACAUACCACUAUGUGGGUUGUAAUACCUUUUCCACUACUAACGAUGGUUUUGAAAAUAUGGAUGGGGAGUCACGUCGACACUCUAAAGAGUCCGGUUCAGAUUCUUCUAAGGACAGCAGCUUGCAGUCGGAUACAAGUAUUGAGUCUGAAGAUAGUUUUGCCUCAGUUAUUUUCAUACCGAAGCCAGAACAGCAACAGCAGCAACUUAACUAUCAUCAAAGUUCAAAUUCGAGUUCAAGUAAUUCGUCGUCCAGUAACGGUGGAGGGGGAUGUCGCACUUACGGAAGUUGUUGCCAACACAAAAAUGACACGUGUAAAAUUCAAAACAAUGACAAUACCGCGAACUGUUUAACAUGUCUAAAGCAUCUGCAACAGCCGCAUCAUCAAAGAUUGUCCUCCGUACCCACUUCACCUAUGAUUUUGCCAUGUCCCCCAACACCAGCGCACUCUCCUGCUGCUAUACAAGCUGUAAUAACAUCGCCUCCAAGGACAGUUGCAACUGUGACGGCAGCUAUGGCAAUGCUUACUCUACCUUCAGACAAUAAAAAUGGAAACUUAGAUGAUAAUUCAACGGCAUUCUCCAAAAUUAAUAUGAAAAAUAUUAAGGAUCGAUUCGAUUUUGAUGAGGAUCUUAUCAAACAACACGAAAAGGAUACAGCUCAACAUCAGCAGGAAGAUAUGGAAUGUAAAAUAACACGGCAUAUUGUAAAGAACUUACCUCCUAUACCUAAAUUUCGCAAACAAUCUUUACAACCAAUACGUCAAAGUUUUCCAAUCGUACGACGGUCAUCUGCAACAUCCAGUUCAUCUAUACCAAAUAUGCCCAAAUUAAUGUCUCUAGAACUUUUCAAUCCGGCUACUGACGAUCUAGACAGCGAUUCGAGCGAGGCAUCCACUCCAAACUCAAUUGAUAGUGUUAUUAGUACUGGAAAAUCGAAUUCUACGACAACGACCAUAGAGCAAAGUGAAAAUAUGAAAUCGUCUCCUAAUUUUGAACAAGAUGGGAGCGAUGGUUUACUUUUUGAGCGUACUGUUAAGACAAAAAAACAACAAUAUCAAGAAGAACAACUGAAAACCAAUAACGAUAUUCCACAUAACAUAUUUUUAAAUGAAGAAGACAGUUGUCCUAUACCACCGAACAAAGGCAACAUUAACCUAAGUUCGAAUUCUCUACAAAGGAAAGAACAAGAUUUUGUUGGGUUUGCUGAACAGCUCAAUAUACAGUUGAUGCGAAAAAUUGAGGACAAAAACGAUGUUGAUGAAUGCGUAAGUUUAGAAAUCACGAGCGAAUGUGGGGAUCCUUCAGAUGCACACAUUAAUGUAAAUAAGAAGCGCAGCAAUGAAUUGCGAGAUUUGUCAGCAAUUCGUGAGGAACUUCGAGAACGACGUUUAAUGCUCGCAAAUCUUUCUACGCAGCCAAGCUUACAACAAUCGCCCACUUCUUCUACAUCGUCUUUAUCUUCACAGACACGCAGUUUUACUAUUCAUGAGGAAAACGAAGAAGAAAGUGAUGAACGAAGUUACUCUCUGCAACUCUAUGAAAACUGUAAAAUAUCCAAAAUUAAUUAUAAACGUAAUCGCCCAUAUAAUUUGAAUCCAGAAACCGCUUAUCUGUUGCAAGACGAAGGUGAUAUCUUUGAUGAAGAAGAAGAAAAUGAGCUUGGCCACUUGUUUAAACAUCAUCACUCGAUUGGUCAAGAAACUCAGUAUCAAGCCAAAGAUGAGGUCCAAAUAUAUCCUAAAGCCAUAGAAAGGGCUCCCAGAUGUGAUACUAUAGAAUUGGAAGUGGCAGCUGAGAAGGAAGGCUAUUUCGAAAUUAAAGAUCAACAUGAAAACAAAGAAACUCAAAAAUCUCUCCAAAAUCGACAAUCAACAGAAUCAUGGGGCAAUUCUAAUAGUUCUGCCGGUUCGCUUGAGAGUCCUUCUCAAGGAGGAUCGACAACACACCACCGUUAUUAUCAUGUUUUUCGCGAGGGAGAGCUUGAUGCAUUAAUCAACCACCAUGUAGCUAGUCUGCAUAUAGUCUCCUCAUACUAUGAACGAUCUAGUUGGUGUGUAGUUGCUGAAAAAGUUCAGGUCUGGACUAUAUAAAUAACAUCUAAAACUUCAUAUAAAAUGAAAAUAGAAAAGAAUAGUAAAUAACCGCGGGCCAACUAGUAAUAGCCUUUGAAAAUUCCGCCUCUUUACUCGUGCAUAAAUUUUAUGUGUAUAUGUGCAAACGGAAUUGCUAGUGUGUUCACACGUUCUAGUUCUAAUUCAGCAUAGAUUCUAAUGCUUAAUAAGUAUAUCUCGAAUAUGCAUACACAUAAACUCCUGAGCUUACAUCGAACGAAAUAGUCGCAACGAAUAUUUAUAUUUAAUAAGUAGAUAUUCAUAGCUCAUCGCUUAACAUAUUCUCAUCAUAAAUAUGGAAGUACAUAUUUAUGUAAAUACUGGUGCUUAAGUUUAUUUUGGUAUUAACGAAUUCAUAGAUAUUUUACGUUUAAUUCGAGCGCAGCUUUUCAUUAAAGCAAUGAUUAAUUAUUAAGCUAGUGAGCAAAUUCUUAACGAAUAUGAAAUUGUAAAUACAUGUUUCGUAACACCACUAGCUACUACUAGAUAAAAUAUAGAAAGAUGUAGAAAGUGCAACUUUUUAUGAAAGCCUCUAUUUAUAAUUGUACAUAAAUUUACCUGAUACUAUAAGAUUAUUUUUAACUAGGCGUGAUUAUUUUUCACAAUCAUUUGCAAUACGAGUCCAUAGUUAAUUUUGAUUACUUCGCUGUAGUUUUUCAUCCAAUGCAUGGCGUUGUGUCUAUCAGUUUGUCCAUAUUAUAAAGAAAAAGUAACAGUGUUACUAACAUUGGAAUUUAAAGCGCACGAUCAUUUAUAAAAUACCGUUUUCGUAAGAGUUUUAACUUGUUUUUAUUAAAAGUAAAAAAAAAAAAACAAAUUAUAAUAUAUUCAAAAUAACACAAACAAAACUUUAUUGCUCAUAACAACUGGAAAAGCUUUAACUCUUACAACAAUAGUACUUAAAAAUAAUACUUUUUUUUAAAUAUUUGUAGUCUCUGAUUCUUCUCUGCAUAAUAUAUAAAUUGGCUCACCAUUUUCAACCAAUUUUCAUAAAGUUACAAGUUAUAUUUCUAAUUUCGUUGAAAGGGUUUACCCUCGUUGGAAAAAAAAAUGUUGUGCAAACCUUUUUAUGGUGAUACAGGGUAUUCAAGUUUUGUUCAUCUAACGAUUGUUUGCAAGACCAACGACUAAUUGAGACACAUUUAGAGUUGUAAUAUAUAUAAACGAUGUCGGAUGUUCCGACCAUUUUGGGUCCAAUGUAGAUAUCAGCCAAACUUGUUGAGAGCUACUUUCUUUAGAUCAUUUUCAUACACUGUGAAAAUGGAUAAGUGAAAGGAGAUAAUCACGUCUACUCCUCAUACGUUUAUGUGGAAAACUAUUAAAAGUGCGACAGCUUACUAACUAAAUACGUUGAUCACAUCCAUGACACACAAGGGCCUCAUAGCACCCGUUGCCAAAUUGGAAAAGUAAUUGACCAGUUUUGUGUACAUUCAAGUAUAAUGCCAUCUCACGUCAAAGAAUAAUAAUCGGACAAUAACUUUCAAAUCACCCGAUACUGAAUUUGUGGGCAACAAUGCUUAAGGCUCCCGAAAAUUUCGGUCAAACUGUAAGAUAUGUUAUUGACAUACAGAGCGAACUUAUUUCCGAUAACAAUGUGAUCUAGUCCUCAUAUACUUAACAUAAAGAUUUUACAACUUCCGGUUAACAUUAAACCGUCAAUAUCGGCGAAUAUGUAAGUUAUCGAAUAUACAUAUGUAUUAUUGUGUAUUUCAAAAAUUUGUGAAAUUAUUCAACGAAUUGCCCAAGCUCCCACAUAUUCGUUAUUCUGGCAUAUUUAUGCCGAAUAUGUCGGUUAGUGUUUGAGUUACAUUCAUAAAAAUAAUAUAUAUUUUCCCGCUUUCUGACCACGUAAAUUGCAAGAGUUUAAAAUGUUCGGUUAAACCCGAAUUUAUAAAUGGAUACUAAUAGGAUGAAUGGUGUGGCGUUAAAAAAAAAA